GCUGCACACAGCCCCCACACACCCCUCGGACCCUCUCCGCUCCGAUCGAAGCCCGAACACUCGCACACCCAGACUCUCGCAGUCGCAGCGCGAACACCAUGGCCGGCAGCGGCGGUGGCGGCGGCAACCUCAAGAACAUGGUCAUCGCCUUCCUCGUCCCGCUCCCGUCCAUCCUCUUUUACCUCACCUUCGUCCACCCCCAAGACGACCAUAGCGGCGGCGCCAACCCGGUGUCUUCCUGGUGCGCAGCGCACCCGCUCCUCCUCGCCAACAUCCUCUUCCUCAUCAACGUCGACAUCCUCUUCUGGCUCAUCGGGCUCCUCCUCUCCAACAACUGGCUCAUCGACCUGUACUGGACCGUCAUCCCGGUGAUGCUUCUGCACUACUUCCGCGCGCACCCUGCAGCCGUGGCGAACGCUGUGAGAUCGGCGGCGGUGGUGGCGCUGACUUGGGUGUGGAGCGCGAGGCUCACACACAACUACUUCAGGAGGGAAGGGUGGGAAUGGGGGAAGAGGGAGGACUGGAGGUUCUCCGAGAUGCGUGGGCAGUAUGGUAAGACGUGGUGGUGGAUGUCCUUCUUUGCUGUCUACCUCUCACAGCAGGUAUUUCUGAUUGGUAUAUGCCUGCCGAUGUAUGCCGUUCACUCCAGUGACCAGCCUUUGGGCAUUUGGGACCUAGUGGCAACAAUUGCCUGCAUUGUCGGAGUUGUCAUCGCCUACUUUGCUGAUACCCAGCUGCACAACUUCGUGACGAGGAAUGAUAAACUGAAGCAGCUGGGUGAACCAACGGUACCCACCCUUGAGGACGGCCUCUGGGAGUUCUCGCGCCACCCUAACUACUUUGGUGAGCAGCUCUGGUGGUGGGGCCUGUACCUCUUCGCCUGGAACCUGGGCCAACGUUGGAUGUUUAUCGGCGCGCUAGUCAACAGCCUAUGCCUUGGCUAUGUCACUGUGCUCGUCGAGCGUCGCAUGCUGAAGCAGGAGCACCGAGCAGAGGCCUACAAGCUGUACCAGAGGAGGACCUCUGUUCUAAUCCCCUGGUUUAGGAAGUCCGUCCCUGAACCAAAGCAGAAGGAGACAUAGAUAGGUUCUGGGCGUCCAUUUGUGUUGGCAGUGUUCCUUCUUCGGGUUGCGUUGCCAUGUUGUUCCGUCCUGUCAUGUUGUGAUCUUGUUGUUUGAUCAGUUUAUGUGUAAUUAACGGUGUGAAAUGUAGCACGUAUCAUGAUCACCUGUUCAGGUGUAAAUUAAUAAUGUAUCAGCAUUAAUCUGUGUAA